UUCUCUGCUCUCACAAAGAGACACACACGCACAAAGUAAAGUGGGUAUCAUCAUCAUAAUCAUGAACAAAAACAAGCGUUUUCUUCUCCUAUUGUUAUUGUCUUAGCUGUGCGUGCGGCUUCUUUUUUCGUUUCACAUUCAAUGGCCGUUGUAUCCCUCUCUGUGCUCACAGUCACACCUUCUUCCACUUGUUCUUGCUUCAAUGGCGGGAUCCAUCUCCGUUCCCACAAGAGCUUCAUUUCAAUCCACUCUCCUUCUCCUUUUUCGUCUUUUACCUCAAAUUCAAAGCUCUCUGGCAGUGGCAAGCAGCGCUCUCGCACCACCACCACCGUCCUUGCUGCUUCCGCCGACUAUUAUUCUACUCUCGGAAUCCCCAAAUCCGCCACCGGCAAGGAAAUCAAAGCGGCUUAUCGAAGGUUAGCUCGUCAGUACCAUCCUGAUGUUAACAAGGAACCUGGAGCAACUGAAAAGUUCAAAGAGAUUAGUGCUGCGUAUGAGGUGUUAUCAGAUGAUAAAAAGAGGGCUUUGUAUGAUCAAUAUGGAGAGGCAGGAGUUAAGAGUACAGUUGGAGGAGCAUCAAGUGCCUAUACGACAAAUCCAUUUGAUUUAUUUGAGACAUUUUUUGGGCCAAGUAUGGGUGGCUUUGCUGGCAUGGAUCCAGCUGGAUUUGGAACACAACGCCGUAGUACUGUAACUAAGGGUGAAGACAUCCGGUAUGAUUUUUCCUUGGACUUUUCUGAGGCAAUUUUUGGAACGGAGAAAGAAUUUGAGCUUUCCCAUCUGGAAACAUGUGAAGUCUGUACUGGUACUGGAGCAAAGAUAGGCUCCAAGUUGAGAGUAUGUUCCACUUGUGGUGGGAGGGGUCAGGUGAUGAGGACUGAACAAACACCUUUUGGGUUGUUCUCCCAGGUUUCAGUAUGUCCAAACUGUGGAGGGGAUGGUGAAGUCAUAUCUGAAUAUUGUCGUAAAUGUAGUGGCGAAGGACGAAUACGGGUUAAGAAAAAUAUUAAAGUUAGAGUUCCUCCUGGGGUAAGCUCGGGCAGUAUUCUGAGAGUUGCUGGGGAGGGUGAUGCUGGACCCCGAGGUAGGGGCCCUCCAGGAGAUCUUUAUGUAUAUCUUGAUGUGGAAGAGAUACCAGGAAUUCAAAGGGAUGACAUUAAUCUCCGCUCAACAAUAUCAAUCAGUUAUCUAGAUGCUAUACUUGGGGCUGUCGUGAAGGUUAAGACAGUUGAAGGCAUUUCUGAACUACAAAUACCUCCCGGUACCCAACCUGGAGAUGUCCUUGUCCUUGCAAGGAAAGGUGUACCAAAAUUAAACAAACCAUCAAUACGUGGCGACCACUUAUUUACGGUUAAAGUUACAAUACCAAAACGUAUUAGUAAACAGGAGCGUGACGUACUUGAAGAACUUGCUUCUCUAGGUGACACAACGAGCAGUCGUUCAAAAUCUCGUCCUAGGACUCACUCUUCCCCAGGAAGUACAGAAGGUCCUGCAACUCAAAGGGCUGAAAGUCCAACAGCAGCAAAAGUUGCAGAAAAAACGGAACAAUCGGAAGACCAAAACGAUAUAUGGAAUAGAUUAAAGGACUUUGCUGGGUCUGUGGCAAAUGGAGCGCUUAAGUGGCUGAAAGAUAAUCUCUAGUCCCAUGGGAUUAUUAGAAAUCUCCAGGAUGUAGAUUCCAACAGCAGCUGGAAGGGAAGGGACUAUGCGGACAUUUUAUUCAAAUGCUUUAACUGAAAAUUGUUAGCUACGCAGCAAAAUCAAACAAGUCAUGCAUAUUCUUUUAUUUGUUUCACGUGUAAAUUUUGGCACCAGACAAUUUAUAUCCCAGAGAGGGGCUAGGAGGGGAGAUUGCUCCCCUUCAAAUUCAUGCAAAUCUUUGUUUUAGACUAAAAGAUAGUGUAGUAUAAGUUCACCACCCUCAAGCUUAGUCUUUGUCUCUUCAAGCUUUUGCCCAUAUUAUUCUUUAUGUACGUAAAAAUUUGGAGAGUUCUACAACCUUACUACUAUAUACUAAUACACUAU